AUGGACUACUAUCCUCACAAUGGUGGUGGAUACACUCGACAGCAGGAGCAACCACGAUAUGGCUAUGCCAUGCCGCAUGGAGGUGGACAACAUGCUGCUCCACUGACCAGUUACGAGCACCGGGCAGUAGUCACAGCAGUGCCUGCACACAACACACAAAAUCAGUAUCAGCAACAGCAACAGCAUUAUCGUGCAGAGCAUUACUACCAGCUGCAACAAGAGCAGCCCUAUGAAUUAAUUCCCCAACCACAGCAUAAUCAGCAAUCUAGAGUACAACUGAAGCUUCCUCAUAUUCGCCAGGUGCUCGAAGCAUGUGGUCAGCCUCAACCAAAUGAUUCGAAUAAAUUUGUAUAUGGUCUGACUCGGGCAGACGAGGCAGCAUGUGAUCCAAGACCUUUGCCAGCUACAGUGGCUCCACAACCACAGAAGCGAGGACACGAGGAAUAUCAUGGUAACCUCCUGGAAGAUGGUGACAGUGCGAAGAAGAUAAAGAAAACUGAGAACAACACACCAUUAACUCAGACUAGUAGUGAAACCUGUGCCAGCAAAGGAUCGAAGCGGAAGGCCACAGCUGCAAAAUUGAAGACAAAGGCGAAGACAAAAAUUGAAGGGGAACAAGCCAUGGCUCACCUUCAAGAGCAAAGCCAUUGGUCAGACGAAGACACCAAACUUUUACUCGAAACCCUGCUAGGUGGUGACAGCGAAUUCUAUGAAGGCCUCACUGGCAAUGCUAAACACAUCUUCAAAAAGGUCUCCGAACGUAUAUUCAAAGGACGGCGCAGCCCAGAGUCAAUCAAGGGACAUUACGAACACUUACGACGAGUGUUUUCAUAUAUUUUGACUUUUGAGUCCAUCACCGGCAAUGGUGGUGGUGAUCCUGAUGUUGAAGUCCUUGACGAGAAGAUUGAGAAUGCUCGAACUGCUGGGAAGGAUAUUGGGAACUUAUCUGGUGCUACCUUGAAAAAAUGGUAUGACGAGGGAUGGUAUGCACUGUUCAACGACAGGCUUGGUGAGCACCCGGGACUUGUGCGAGAGGAGGAUUUUCGCUCUGGCAUGAUCUCAGAUACAAUCGAUAUCAGCAGCGAGGAGGGCAGUGAUGGUGAAAGCAAGGACAGUGAUAUGGAGAGAAAGAGUAAGCCAAAAGCAGGUCAACCUGCACGCAAAUCCGUUUUGUCCGCAGGUGACAAGAAAGUCAAGCCAACGAUGCAGAAGGGAGUCCCUGCACCACGGCACAAACACAAGGCUUUGCAGACUGGUAUUGGCAAUGAAGCUGCCGAGUUUUUUUGCGUCGAAUGUCGAAUUCUUGAAGGCGACAGCAGACAGUGA